CAAUCGUGCGCCUCUCUCUCAUUCCAGCCCCGUACUCACAUCCUCAUCUCUUGCUCUCAUCUCUAUGCUCUUUCCCUCUCUCACAUCAGCCCUCUCAUCCUCUCACCCUCCGCUCCCUGUCUGUUUCCCAGUCUGUGCUCUAAUUUUUGUUCUUAUCCAAACACAUUCUUUCCAUUUAAUCAGACCACUUUCAUCCUUUAUUUCUCUUCUGCUGGAGUCUCCACCAAACUCUCCACCAACAGCUUCUCCUUAUGUCAUGUUAAUCCUGCUUUUCAUACACAUUACUCUUUAUAUUACUACUGCCUUCUCUGAUUAUCCAGUCUUCCCCCAGUCCUAGCUCCUUUUAUCAUUCUGUGGUCUGCCUACAUGAAACAUGGAAGACUUAGAUGCACUGCUCGCUGACCUCCAGAUCACAACGCCUCCUCGUUGUCCAGUUUUACUAACAGACUCUCCUGAGAAACCUCAGCCUACUGAGACCCGGCCUCCUCCACCUCCCUAUGAUCCCAGGACUGCAAUGUCGAAUAAGACCUCUGACCAUGAGACCAUUCCAGUGGACAAGGACCACCUAUACAGCACCGUACAGAAAUAUCCUUUGCCUUCGGUCUCGCCAGCCUUGGGUGGUGGGCUGUGUGAAUUGGAUCGAUUGCUCAAUGAACUCAAUGCCACACAAUUCAACAUCACUGAUGAGAUAAUGUCUCAGUUCCCCACUCGGGAUCGCAAUGAACAGAAAGCUGAAGCACAGAAAGAAGCAGAGAAAAGGGCCCUGUCGGCCUCCUCGGCCACUCUCGAGCUGGAUCGCCUGAUGGCUUCGCUGUCUGAUUUCCACAAGCAGAACACAGUAUCACAAGAAGUGGAAGCUCCUGGCACUUUUAAAGGCUCUGAGGCAGUUUCCAGACCAGGAGAUACAGAAGACCUAUCAAGCCCUAGAAGCAUAGAAGAUGGGGUUCCUAAAGCUUCAGAGGACGCACCAAGUCCUAAAAGUUUUGAGGUGGUGUCCGCUCCUGUGCAUUUGGACGUCAAAACAGACCAAGUCAUUUCUGCUUCCCGGGUUCCUGAUUCUGUGUCUGGUUGCAAAGUUCCAGAAGCCACAAGUGGUCCAAGGAGUGAUUUGGACUCAAUGCUGGUGAAGCUACAGUCUGGGCUGAAACUACAAGGCAUUGAAACGCAAAGCAAGGGUCUGUGUGAGAGCUGUCAGCGUCCCAUAGCUGGGCAGGUGGUUACCGCUCUCGGACAUACCUGGCACCCAGAGCAUUUUGUGUGUGCCCACUGCCACGCUCUGAUUGGCACAACCAACUUUUUCGAGAAGGACGGUCGACCAUAUUGUGAGAAAGACUACUUUAUGCUCUACGCCCCACGCUGUGCUCUAUGUGAACUGCCCAUAGUGCAGAACAUGGUUACGGCACUUGGGUGCACUUGGCAUCCGGAGCAUUUUUGUUGUAAAGUCUGCAAAAAACCAAUAGGGGAAGAGGGUUUCCAUGAGAAGGAUGGGGAACAGUACUGCUCAGAUGACUAUUUCCGACUGUUUGGGGCCGUCUGCGCAGGCUGCUCUGAGGCGGUGAAGGAGAGUUAUAUCUCUGCCCUGGGUGGCUUGUGGCACCCACAAUGCUUUGUGUGCCAUGUGUGCCACACACCAUUCAUCAAUGGAAGUUUCUUUGAGCACGAAGGCUUACCUCUAUGUGAGACUCAUUACCACUCCCGCCGUGGGUCGCUGUGUGCUGGGUGCGAGCAGCCAAUAACAGGGCGCUGUGUGACUGCAAUGGGCAAGAAGUUCCACCCCCAACACUUGAAUUGCACCUUUUGCCUCCGACAGCUGAACAAGGGCACCUUCCGGGAGCAUGAUGGGAAACCUUACUGCCAGGCCUGCUACGCCCGGCUGUAUGGGUAGAGGGGUUCCAUGGUUUCAGGAAAGGAGGGUCCAUCUGAAAUAUGCAGCUUCACAAAGACUAUACUAAGGAUGCUGUGCGAGGCACCAGACUAUAAAGAUACACAGGCAAGGCUCUGCAGGGGAAAGGGCUGCUCUGCAGGGCACACAAUCUGCACUGCUCAUCCAGCUCUGUACGACUGGCAGAACCCCCAUGCAGUGUUCUGCGGGGAGAAUGGGAUAAAUGCUUUCGGUGUUGUAUGGGACCACAUGCAUGGCAGGGAUCUAGCCACAUCCAAAGCUGUGUAGGCCAUGGAGGACUGUCAGUGACCACAUAAAAUGCUCUGCCAUAGGCUACUGUAGCUGGGCAUUUGGAGGGUUUGUAGGAAACCCAGUAGUCCCAUGCACUGGUCAACUGGAGAAGGAGCCUGCUGCUCCAAACCUGUUGGCUACCACAUCGGGCAAGUAGCCAGCGGCUCUGCAAGCCUUCUGAGACUAUGGGCAGAGUUCUGCAAGGAAGGGGCCAGCUGCCCACUAUAGGAACCAGGCGCUCCACAAAGCUUCAAGGUUCUGCCAGAAAGGAGACAGCUGCCCUGCAAGACCUUUGAGACUACACGCAAACCUCUGCAAGGAAGGAGACAGCUGCUCUGCAAACCUUCUGAGCCUAAAGGGUAAUGCUCUGCAAGGGACACAGCUGCUCUGCAAGGCUUCCGAGGCUGAGUGCAAAGUUCUGCAAGGGAAACAGCUGCUCUGCAAGACCUUUGAGACUACAGGCAAACCUCUGCAAGGAAGGAGACAGCUGCUCUGCAAACCUUCUGAGCCUAAAGGGUAAUGCUCUGCAAGGGACACAGCUGCUCUGCAAGGCUUCUGAGGCUGAGUGCAAAGUUCUGCAAGGGAAACAGCUGCUCUGUAAGGCUUCCAAGGCGCAGAGUUCUGCAAGGGAGGAGCCAGCUGCUCCGCAAAACGUCUGAGACUGCACAAAGAGAGCCGCUAUGCAUUCACUGGUCUACGUUCUGAAAGCAAGCAUCUGAUUGGUCGCCACGUUUCUGCAUAAGCCUGAGAGUAUUUCACACACCUGGGCAUUGUAAUUUCAGUUUUAAGGUUUCUUCAGGUCUAGUAACCCAUAGCAACUAUUGAACCGAAAAGCUGCCCUGUGAUUGGCUGCUGUGGCUUACUAGCACUGGGCUUUGUAUCUGUUAUUACAUUACCAUAUAUUUAGCUGCAUCCAUUAUCUGACAAGAGAGUGCAAUUGCUUGCUCUGCUACACUGUCCCAGUUAAUCCAAUGAUGGCCAAUCCAUAUCGGCCCAUAACCCAUCCAUAUUGGCCCAUUUGUUCUGCUUUACCUAUUUGAUUUUAAUUUAUUGGCAAGACAGUACUUUUAUUGAACGCAUUUGCUAUUCUUUGCUAUUGCUCAAGCUUCCGCUACCUCUACUGGCUGUCCAUUCCUAGUAACCACCACCUCCAGUUAGGUAACCUGUCCUAAUACCAGGGCUUGGUUUUUCAGGUAGACGUGGGGGUAACCAUAAAAGCUGUUGGAGGUCCAUGAGGUCCCAUAUACAUUGUGGGGUCUUAAUACACCAUAUACACGUAUAUGGGACGGCCAUUUACCUGCUUUGUCGCAGGCUGUAUGGGCUGACAAAAAACAGCAGAGGAAGGACACAUCCAAAUUUAAUCUCUGUACACAUUAUCACUAUUCACAUCCAUAUAUAUAUGCAAUAAAAUGUUCACUGUC